UCAGCGAAAAUCGAUAACGCUCGGAUAUCUCGAGUGGAAACAUUAGUAGUGUUUACUUGUUAGUAAAUAAAAAAUUGCUAAUAAUUUGUGGUAGUGAAAAUUGAGUUUUAGUUUGUUUGUGCCACUUCCGGUGGGGAAGUGCGAUGAACCCAGUGCCAAAUCCCGAUUUCAUGGAGGUGCGUGCUAUGCAACAUGCAUGCCACGCAAAGCAACAGUGCUUCGUUUUCACAGAAAUCGCGGACAUCGAACUGCCUCCUGAAAUAACAAAGUUAACUAACGAAAAAUACAAAAACAGUGGCAUAACCACAUGUAAGGAACAAUGCGGUGAUAUGUUAGUGGACCAUACACGCACAACGUCCCGAUGUCGAAAAGUCGUUAUCGUAUUAGGUUUAGUGCUUGUUUGCUUUGCCAUGGCUGGUGGUAUACCAUUAGCACUGCAGCUACGCUCUUCGUCGUUGCUAGAGGCAAGGCUAUCGUUUAUCCGACGUUUAUUAACUGAAACACCAUUGAUCGAAGGUGUUUGGAAGCCAACGAAACGGGAUAAUAACUAUAAUGCUAGUGUUUUUGAGGCGCGCCAAAAUAACGUUGGUGCAUUACUUUGGCCAAUUGCUGUACCCUGUGGCGCGCAGUAUUUGGAUGCAGUACAGCUGGCACUGGAAGGAAUUGACGAGGCCAAACGCAUGACAGCACAUACUGAUUCCAUGCAUAUAGCGGAAUCUGCUGAUGAAAUGGAACAAAUUCACAUUAGAGGUGAUGUUGCUGUGCUGAUGGGUAUAGGCGGUGGUCAUGCUUUGGGUGCUAGCUUAGCUGUACUGCGCUCCAUGUAUCUUUUAGGUGUACGUUUUGUUUCGAUAACUAGUUUAGAGUGCACCACUCCUUGGGCUGCAGCAGCCAUAAAAACUCGAGAUUUUUUAAUGGAAGAAAAUGCAACGAAUUCGUUGAAUGAAUUUGGCAAGAUGGUACUUUAUGAAAUGAAUCGCCUGGGAAUGCUUGUGGAAAUUUCACAAUUAUCUGAAGCUGGCAUGGUAACUGCCCUACGUACGGCCAAAGCACCAGUGCUGUUCAUUAACUCUACUCCUCUCUCUCUUUGCAAUAGUACAAAUGUUGCUUCGAUACCGGAUCAUAUUUUAAGUUUGCUACCAGAUAAUGGUGGUGUUAUUAUGUUAAAUUUAGAAAGAUGUGGCGAUCGUCCUCUCAGCGUUCGAGAGGCUAUCAACACAAUAAAUUAUGUGCGCAAAAUAGCUGGUGUGGACCAUAUUGGACUUGGCGGUGCGCCGCCCAAAAGCUAUGCAUUCCUAUUAGCCGAAUUAGCUCGAGAUCGUGUCUGGGAGCGAGCAGCCAUCAAAAAGUUAAUCGGCGGAAAUAUGGUGCGCAUAUUGCGUGAAGUUGAGGCGCUCAAAAACCGUCUACCACUCUAUGAGGAUUGGAUUUCUCCUGAUUUAAUCGAAAGCAAAUCGUAUUGUCGCUAUCCUGAAUUGUAAUUGAAAUGGAAUUGCUCAAUCCUUUGCGUGCGUACGUGCAUGCCAAGGAUUAAACCUGCGUUAACGAGUACAUAUGUAAAUUUAAUUAACAUAGAAAAAUAUUAUAAAUUUAAAAUACAUAUUAUACAA